AUGACUAAACUUGUUCGAACCCCUAUUAUCUUUGAAGAAGAAGAUAUCCCUAAUAAAGAAAAUAUUACUACAUUUGGAGUCGGUUUUGAUUCCGGAGCGACACUUCAUAAUUUUAAAGGUUGGGAAAAGCUGAGUAAAAUUGAAGAUUUCGGAUUUCAUGCUAAUCCUCAUUUAGAAAUUAUUGAUGUAUCUAUGACAAAAAUCACUGCACUGCCUAAUUUAGCAUUCUGUGAUUUGGAUAAUUUGAAAACAUUGAUAUUACCUGCUAAAUUGAAUGAACUUAAAUUUGAAUCCAUAACUCAUAUUCCAAAAUUGUAUACAUUAUCUCUUCCUUCUUCCAUAAAUCUUAUAGCUGAUCAAUGUUUUAGUUAUUUAAAUAAUUUGAAAGUUAUUUGCUAUUAUGGAAAUGUAUCGUUUUCAGGAAAGAAUUUGUUUAAUAAUUGUCCGAAUGUGAAAUAUAUUCGUGUUUGUCCUUUGUAUCCAUCAGAGAAGUUUUCAUCAUUUAAUGUUUCAUUCGAUGCAUUUCAGCUCGGUGAAACUAUGAUAACAUGUCCUUCAAUCAAAAACAUUCCAUGUUCUUCCACCUUUCACUUUAUUAGCUAUUCUGUUUUCAUUUUAAUCUAA